GGAGAGGCAAUGAAACUGAACCUGCCCCCGUUUGCGUUCAAAAUGGCAGUUUUCAAAGUGACAGGGUGGCCUUAAACAGUGGGAAUAAAAUAAUCCGCUAACACAACAGCUGGCAAAACGUAUCGACACCAGGAGUUUAUUUAUUAUUAGAAAGACAUGGAUACCACCACGUCUCUAAAGAUGUCCACUCUGGCCACCCAGAGCCUCUUCAGCGCGGUAGAGGAGGAAGACAUGGCGGCCAUCAGGGCCCACUUGGACAAGUUCAAGGAGGUGGACGGACGCAGCGAAAGCGGGCAGACAGCGCUGAUGUUGGCCGCAGAGCAGGGAAGCUUGGAGAUCGUCCAGGAGCUAAUCAGGAGGGGAGCCAACAUCAACCUGGAUGAUGUUGACUGCUGGACGGCGCUGAUCUCAGCCGCCAGGGAGGGCCACGUCGAGGUAGUGACGGAGCUGCUUGCCAACAAUGCCAACCUGGAGCACCGGGAUAUGGGGGGUUGGAGCGCCCUCAUGUGGGCAGCCUACAAGGGACGUACUGAAGUGGCCAGACUACUGUUGGAAAAGGGAGCUAAUCCCAACAUCACUGGGCAGUACAGCGUCUACCCCAUUAUUUGGGCGGCAGGACGAGGUCACGCGGAGAUCGUCCGCCUUCUGCUCCAGUACGGAGGCAAAGUCAACUGUUCCGACAAGUAUGGCACCACACCCCUGAUCUGGGCAUCCAGGAAGGGCCACUAUGACUGCGUGAUGCACCUGCUGGACAACGGGGCCGAUGUGGACCAGGAGGGUGCGAACUCCAUGACGGCUCUGAUCGUGGCCGUGAGGGGUGGAUACGCUGAAGUGGUCAGAGAGCUCCUGCAGAGGAACCCCAACGUCAACAUGACGGACAAGGACGGCAACACGGCCCUGAUGUUCGCCGCCAAAGAGGGCCACACCGAGAUCGUCCAGGACCUGCUGGAUGCCGGAACCUACGUGAACAUUCCCGACAGGAGCGGGGACACGGUGCUGAUCGGAGCCGUGAGGGGAGGCCACGUGGAGAUCGUCAGAGCCCUGCUGAACAAAUACGCAGACAUUGACAUCAGAGGUCAGGACAGUAAGACUGCUCUCUACUGGGCAGUGGAGAAAGUGAAUGCCACCAUGGUGAGAGAUAUACUGCAGUGUAACCCUGACACUGAGACCUGCACCAAGGAUGAAGAGACCCCUCUGAUCAAAGCCACAAAGAUGAGGAACAUCGAGAUUGUGGAGCUCCUGCUGGACAAAGCGGCCAAGGUGUCUGCCGUGGACAAGAAAGGAGACACCGCGCUCCACAUCGCCAUCCGGGGCCGGAGCCGCAGGCUGGCCGAGCUCCUGCUGAGGAACCCCAAAGACGGCCGCCUGCUCUACCGCCCCAACAAGGCCGGGGAGACGCCCUACAACAUCGACUGCACCCACCAGAAGAGCAUCCUCACCCAGAUCUUCGGAGCCAAGCACCUGUCGCCCACGGAGUCGGACGGGGACAUGCUGGGGUACGACCUGUACAGCAGCGCGCUGGCGGACAUCUUGAGCGAGCCCACCAUGCAGCCGCCCAUCUGCGUGGGCCUGUACGCCCAGUGGGGCAGCGGCAAGUCCUUCCUGCUCAAGAAGCUGGAGGAUGAGAUGAAGACGUUCGCGGGGCAGCAGGUGAAGCCGCUGUUCCAGUUCUCCUGGCUGGUGGUGGUCCUCACGCUGCUGCUCUGCGGCUCGGUGGCGCUCAUCCUGGGGUUCACCAUCGACCCCCGCUUGGCCAUCGCCGUGUCCCUCAGCCUCCUCGCCCUGCUCUACAUCUUCUUCGUGGUGGUGUACUUUGGUGGGCGGCGGGAGGGGGAGAGUUGGAAUUGGGCGUGGGUUCUCAGCACCCAUGUGGCACGGCACAUUGGUUACCUGGAGCUGCUGCUCAAACUGAUGUUCGUCAACCCUCCAGAACUCCCCGAGCAGACCACCCGCGCGCUACCAGUCAGGUUCCUCUUCACUGAUUAUAACCGGCUGUCCAGCGUGGGCGGGGAGACCUCCAUGGCGGAGAUGAUCGCCACCCUCUCGGAUGCCUGUGAGAGGGAGUUUGGCUUCCUGGCCACCAGGCUGUUCAGGGUCUUCAAGACGGACGAGACACAAGGGAAGAAGUGGAAGAAGACGUGCUGUGUCCCGUCCUUCGUCAUCUUCGUCUUUAUCCUGGGGUGCUUGAUCACGGGGUUAGCCCUGCUGGCGGUCUUCAAGGUGGACCGCGAGAACCUGACCGUGAACGCGGUCCUCAUCAGCGUGGCGAGCGCGGUUGGCUUGGCACUGGUGCUGAACUUCCGCACGUGGUGGCAGGUGCUGGACUCGGUGCUCAACUCGCAGAGGAAGCGUCUCCACGGCGCCGCAAACCGGAUGCACAAGCUGAAGAGCGAGGGGUUCAUGAAGGUGCUGAAGUGUGAGGUGGAGCUGAUGGCCAAGAUGGCGAAGACCAUCGAUUGCUUUACCCAGAACCAGACUCGCCUGGUGGUCAUCAUCGAUGGGCUAGACUCCUGCGAGCAAGACAAAGUGCUGCAGAUGCUGGACACGGUGAGGGUGCUGUUCUCCAAGGGCCCCUUCAUCUCCAUCUUCGCGAGCGACCCCCACAUCAUCAUCAAGGCCAUCAACCAGAACCUGAACAGCGUGCUGCGCGACUCCAACAUCAACGGGCACGACUACAUGCGCAACAUCGUCCACCUGCCCGUCUUCCUCAACAGCCGGGGCCUGAGCACCUCCAAGAGGCUGUGCAUGGCCUCGCCCACCAACGGAGACCUCGGACCCGACGGCUACCACGAGGACGUGGACCGAAAGAGCAGCCUCGGGGAUCAGGCCAAGCAGGGGAGCAAGACAGCGCUCAACCGCAGGGACACCUACCGGAGAAGACAGAUGCAGAGAACCAUCACGCGCCAGAUGUCCUUCGAUCUGACCAAGCUGCUGGUCACGGAGGACUGGUUCAGCGACAUCAGCCCCCAGACCAUGAGGAGACUGCUCAACAUUGUGUCCGUCACAGGUCGCUUGCUGAGAGCCAAUCAGAUCAUGUUUAACUGGGACCGCCUGGCGUCCUGGAUCAACCUGACGGAGGAGUGGCCGUACCGGACGUCCUGGCUCAUUCUCUACAUGGAGGAGACGGACGGAGUCUCCGACCAGGCCACGCUCAGGAGCAUCUACGAGAGGAUUUCAAAAAACAUUCCAACGACUAAAGACGUGGAGCCCUUGCUUGAGAUCGAUGGGGACAUCCGCAGCUUUGAGGUGUUCCUCUCUUCGAGGACCCCCGUCCUCACCGCGCACGACGUCGAGACCUUCCUGCCCUGCACCGUCAACCUGGACCCCAAGCUCAGGGAGAUAAUUGCAGAUGUGCGUGCCGCCCGGGACCAGAUGCAAAUCGGAGGCGUGACCUAUCCCACGCUGCCCCUGCAGGACGCCCCACCUCGAGCCACCUCGGUCUUCAGUCAGAUGUCUACCGCCUGCUCCCCCUCCAGUUCCUUCGCAGGUCAUUUCCCACCCCAGGGGGGGGCGCCCCACAGUAGCUACUACAGCGGUAUGACGGGACCCCAGCACCCCUUCUACAACAGGCCGUACUUCCCACAUCAUGUCUAUCAUGUGCCAAGGUAUUAUGCUGGCACUACCCAUCAUCCUCCACCCCGCCCUUCCAUUAAAACCACAUUUCCCAGGGAUCCCAGCAGUGGACUUGAUGUUAUUGCAGAAGAUGCCAAUGAGGGUGUCCCCACCCCCUCUGCCUCUCCCAUGGUAACCCCUCCCAAACACCCAUCCCUCUGUGGUUCUGGUACUGGACAGGGCUUGGUACCGCUGAGCUCCAUGACUACAGACGCCGUGUGUGAGCAGCUCCUGCAGAUCAGAGGCCUGGACCAGAGCAUGCUGGAGCAGUACACCAGCACCAUCAAGAAGGCCAAUGUGAACGGCAGAGUCCUGUCCCAGUGCGACCUCCUCGAGCUCAAGAAAGAGAUGGACAUGAAUUUUGGGGACUGGCAGCUCUUCAAAGGAAUUGUGGUGGAGCUGCGACACAUGGAGACCCAAGCUCUGCAGGAGGACCCCCUUGGGGGGGCAGGCGAGCAGGUCAGUGGCAGUGGGGCAGGACACGGGGAGAGAGCGCCGCGUCAAGGCGUCGCCCAUGAAGGCCGGUCCAAUCGGGACAGCUCCCUCUCCUACAGCCUCAACCUGAGCUUCGAGGAGCUGUCCGGUGCAGGCCUGGACGAGACUCACAGGCCCAAUCACACCGCCUGGAUGGCCAGCACACACCGAGCCGGCAGCACGUCCAGCCUCAACUCCCAGGAGUCGUCCACUGACGCGGGCAAGCUGACGGAGCUGACGGACAGGCAGCAGGCCGAGUACCACGACGCCUACAGAGAGUACAUCACCCACAUCGCCCAGCUGGAGGCGGCGGGCGGGGCCGGGGAGAGACCCGCCCACCUCCCGGCCCCGCCGGGCGAGGGCAAGGGCAGGGACGGCGACCUCGCCGACGGCCGCAAGGCGUUCCCCAAGAGGGCCGGGAAGCCGUCGGACGCGGCGGACGCGCCCUCCCCCGCGGCCGCCGACGCGUCCCUGCUCGACCCGAUCUCGGAGGAGGACGAGAGGCCCGGCCACGCCUCCGCCCGCUCCCUGCUGGGCCUGGCCCGGGCCGCCGAGAGGGCGGGGCCCAAACCGCGCUACCACAAGCUGCCCAGCGAGGACGAGGAGUCCGGGGCGGAGGAGUCCGACAGGGCCCCGCUGCUGGGGGCGGGGAGGGGCUCGGCAGCCGAGGGGGACGACCUCCUCCGCAAGAAGGACUCGUCCGACUCCGGGAUGAGGUCCGACGAAAGCUCGCCCGACCCCUCGGCGCGGGGCGAGGAGGAGGAGGGGGCGGAGCCGCUGAUCGAGCUGAACGGGGACGGCCCCGCCCGGAUGAGGGCGCGGCCGCCCCGCAGCCUCAGCGGCCUGCCGGACCCCGCCGUCGCCCGCAUGUCCAUCUGCUCGGAGGCGCCCUCCGAGGGGAGCCUGCUGGCCAGCAGCCCCGAGGAGAGCUGGCCUCCGCCCCGCGGCUACAACCUCAACCGCACCGCCAGCAACACCACCCUCAACAACAACACCACCACCAACGCGUCCACCGAGGGAACCCCGCUCAUCAUCACCCCCGGCUCCGCCCCCACCCUGCGGAACGACAACCUGAAGAGGGAGGGCCUGACCUCUGGCACCGCCCCCGUGACCUCAGAUGCCGUCAACUAUGAGGAAGAGAGGGAGAGCAUCCUGUGAGAUCCUUUCACCUGGAGACCUGCCCCACAGUGUCUGUUAGAUGUCUUUGUGGUACAUGUUAAGAUUAAAUUGAAUUUAACCUGGAGACCUGCCCCACAGUGUCUGUUAGAUGUCUUCAUGGUACAUGGUUAAGAUUAAAUAGAAAUAAAGUAAAACUGUAAGCUUGCACUUUGUUUACAAACCAGAAAUGGAGAAUCACAAAGGAAUGCUCUGACAUUCAUUGCUGUGACUUUACUUCAGUUACUUUGCUGCUUCACUAAUCAGUUUCUUUAAAAUGUGAAACUAGAAAAUAUCAAUGUCAGGUUCAUUUAGGAUGACCUAAAAACCACGUAUAUUGAAACUAUAAUGACGUACAAAUAUGGUCAUUACAUAUCAAAUCUGGGUUUAGGAAUGGUUAAGCAUUUCAGAUAAAUAGGAGCUUAGUAGUCGUCUAUGGUGCUAGUGGAGUGAAUUGCCAGUGUAACUGGAGGGCAAACAAAUGCUGUGUUUGAAGUUAGGUGCAUGGCUAGUGUACGAUGUUGUGUGUAAAUUGUGUUUGACUGACAAGUAUAGCUUUUUACGGAUUUGUGGGUUGUUCCCUGAGCGGCAGUUGCCACACAUUGUGUCCAGGUUGCCUAGUAUUUCCGGGAUUCGUUACGACAUCCAUCAUAAAGAAAACUACUUUUCUAGUCCGUGCCAGACUGCAAUACCGUCUGUGCAGCAACUAGUUUUUCUGCGAGUCUGUGUCCUAUUUGUAAUGUAAAUCUUCGUUCCCACACCGGCAAGUUUGAGUAGAAUCCCCGCUGUCCCUCUUGCUGACUGUUCAAAAGAAUCAUAUCGAUAGAUCAAACGUGGGCAUCAGCAGAAACUUGAUGUUUGUAAGUGAGGAGUGUUGCAUGCAUUGUGCUGUGUGUUGUCUCUGGCCGAAAACUGACGUUGUAGUGCCGUAAAAAAUAAACACCCGGUCAUUUUGCUUUAUUAAAA